CGGGCGCUCUUCCACUCGGGGCGCCCACGGGGUCCUGGUGGGGGCGCCGGGGCCCCGGUCUUGGGGGGCGGCCAGUCGGGGGGACUGGCUCCCCCGGGCCGCAGCCCGCUGAGCGAGGCUGCUCGGGCGUCUGGCUCCGUCGGAAGGUGACGCCGAAGCCUCGGUGAGCAUGCAGGAACUGCCCUCACGCUGGCUCUUGGGUCCCAGCAGGUUUGGGGGAUGGCCCCUUCUGCGGCCUCCCCUUGAUGUGCUUGGACUUAGAUCGCCCCAGGACGCACCGAGGCCUCUGCAGUCUUUGUGCAAGCCAGACCCCGUUCCUGGGGACGGAGGAGAGUCCUGUGGUCACCCGGUGAAAUGAGAUGCUGGGGUGCAUCCGUGGAUUCCGAUGCAGGAGACAUGUAUUCAUUCAGCAGAUAGUUAUUAAGCGCUUAACGUAUACCAUGCAAGGGAUUCAGCAGCGGACAAGACAUGUCGCCGCAGAACCGACAUUCUGUUGUGGGGAGGUCUGGAGUUAGGUUAGAGAUCUGCGUUUCUUGGGCAUCUCCCCCCACUCCACCUCCAGGUCCUCCCGCCUACAGACAUGGGACGCAGAAAGUCAAAACGGAAGCCACCCCCCAAGAAGAAGAUGACGGGCACCCUCGAGACCCAGUUCACCUGCCCCUUCUGCAACCAUGAGAAGUCCUGUGAUGUGAAAAUGGACCGUGCCCGCAACACCGGAGUCAUCUCUUGUACCGUGUGCCUAGAGGAAUUCCAGACACCUAUCACAUAUCUGUCAGAACCCGUGGAUGUGUACAGCGACUGGAUAGAUGCCUGUGAGGCAGCCAAUCAGUAGCAACACAGGAGACCCACCUCUUGGGCAGCCCUGCCUGCCCAGACCCACCCGCUGGGUACUGAUCCAGAGACAUUCCAGGGGCCUGGGGGUGGGUCUGGGGCAGUCACAGGCCUCCGUGUGUGUGUGUGUGGAGUGGGUGUAGAAUGCCUGUGCGUGUGUGUUGCUUACAGGUGGCCCAUGGGUGUGUGCUCAUAGACACGUAGUGGUGUUGAGUUGCUUGGCCCAAGGGACCUGGACUGGCCUCACAUAGCUCCGAAGCCUUUUCCUUGCUCCCUUUUCCAGCCCUUGACCCCUGGCUUUGGGGCCUGACUCCUCCUGGGGGCAGUUAUCUGACAUCCUGGGCAAGGGGAUCCCACAGAGGCUAGGCAGGACCAGCUACCUCACCAGCACUACACCCCUUUGAACUGGACUUCCUCCCUCCUCCCCACCCUUCCAAGGCCCAUGACCUAGGAUUCAGAGCCACGGUCCCCAGGUCCCUCAGCUGGACCCUGGCAGGGUGCUGGCUCCCCCACUGACAUUGUAAGAGGAGGCAGGGGCUGGGUCGGGGACACCUGUUGAUCACAAGCUUUUAAAUAAAAAGUGAUUCCUGAC